CGCUAGUGGGUGUGUAGCAUCCCUGAUCCCCGUUAGUGGGUGUAGCGCUAGCACUCCUGAUCCCCGCUAGUGGGUGUGUAGCAUCCCUGAUCCCCCCUAGUGGGUGUAAUGCUAGCACAUGUCGACAUGUUUACUGAUAUGACCGGUUUAAUUCUGACGCCUGCCACUAGGCGAAUACAUUGGCAAAUUCUGACGCCUGCCACUGGGCGAAUACAUUGGCAAAUUCCUGUCGCCUGCCAGUGGGUUGUUAUAAUACUGGCCAUAACUUAUAGAUGAGACUACUGAACUGAGUUUUCUUCUGCAUUAACGGUUUGUUAUGAGAUGUUUUGUUAUUGAACUGAAUCUGAUUCUGCAGUAACGGUUUUGUCAUUGAACAUUUUGCUAUUGAACUGAACUUGAUUUCCGCAUUAACGGUUUAUCAGUGAAAGUUUUGCUAUGUUUACAUGGUUUAUCUGGCAUGUUAAAAGUUUUACCCAAGGGCUAUCCAUAUUUACUUACUGAGUUUAUCUCAUAGUUUCCUUGUCCACCAUUUCAGGAAGUGAAAGCGAGGACGGGGAAAUCAAGGGGAGUGACAAGUUCGAGAUUGAGCAUAGAUUUAGAAAUAAAUCAUGAUCUUGUAUUUGGAGAUUUUAUUGGAGAUUUAUGUUAUCAGAGAGAUUUUAUAAUUUGAUCUUCAGAUUUUGAUGAUAUUAGUUUGUGAUUUGAAUAAGUUCUGAGCCUUGUGCACUUGUGGGACCCUUCUCACGAGUGCACGGCGUCUGCCAUGUCCCCGGAUUUGGGUUCUGGGGCGUGACAUAGAGCUUGGUAUAGUCAUGUUGAUGCUUACAUCUUGAAGGAAGGUUUUCAGAAGUGCUCUUAUGAGCAUACACUUUACAUGAAAUUUGGAGAUGGAGGUAAAUUGAUUGAUGAUUUAAUUUAUAUUGGGAAUGAUCUUGGCAUGUUGGAAAAGUUUAA